AUGCUGUCCAGCGUCAUCAAGCUCAAUCCACACCUUGCCAGCUCACACAUUAACAGAGCCAGCGUCUUUUUGCAGCUGCAAGAACCAACUAUGGCCAUUAGUGACUGUGACAGAGCUAUUAAACUCAAUCCCAGUUCAGCACAGGCCUAUAAAUACCGAGGAAAAGCCCUCAAGCUUUUGGGGCGUUUAAAAGAGGCUGCCUGUAACAUUUCCUUGGCUUGUAAAUUAGAUUCUGAGGCUCAGGCAAAGUUUGAGAGGGAGGAAGAGUGCAGUGAAGAGCUGGGGAGGGAUGAGAGUGAGUUGGAGACAGACAACAAAGGGGAGAUUGAUCCAGAAGAGGAUGAACCCCUAAAGAUGGGAGAUGAGAAUUUGGAGGUAACCAGCAAUAUGACGAAGCAGGCUGAUGAAAAGAAAAAGGUGUCUUUUGAUGCAUUGGGAAGAGGUGAAUUUCAAACUGCUGUUCAGCUCUUCAUUGAUGCCAUCAAACUGAACCCACGGCUUAGUACUUUGUAUGUCACAAGCAGUGUCUUUGUAUAGUUGCAAAAGCCAAAUGCUGCCAUCAGAGAUUGUGACAAAGCCAUAAAAAUCGACCUGAAUUCUGCACAGCCAUACAAGUGGAGAGGGAAAGCAUUUUGGCUCCUGGGUCACUGGCAGCAGGCUGCCAAGGACCUUGCACUGGCCUGCCAGCUGGAUUAUGAUGGAGAUACCAAUAACAUUUUGAAGGAGGUUCACAGAAGAGUACAGAAAAUUGCCAGGCACUAAAAAAAGUAUGAGGAGAAACAAAAGACAAAGCAAUCAUUGGCUGCAUUGCCAAGGGUGGGGAAAUCCAUGGCAGAUGAGGAGAGAGAUCAGCUUCCGACUUCUCAAGAAAAGGAAAAAGCAUAG